UAGCAUUAGCAUUGGCUUAUCAGGUAACUUACCUACAUACCCUAACUUGGUAGCUAAUUGAGGGACAAGCGCCUCAAUCCCACGAUCGCCGCCUAACAAAAUCUGUGUUCUCUUUUAUUUUUUUUCUCUCUUCUCGCAUCCUCAUCCUACUUAGUCGCUCUUAGUGUACGGACGGACAUCUAAUUCUUGGUUUGCAGUAUUUGGAAUUAGUUUAGCCCCCCCUUAUUGAGGGGUUUGAGAUGCGAAAACCUAAGGCACUAAGAUCAACCUGACAAAUUGAUCAAAUUGAUUCUAUUGUCACCAGACCGAGUCGAAGAGAAAUAAAGAAAUAUAAUAAACACUCGGCUUUACUUGCGCCGGUAUCAACAUUAUACAUUUGGGCAUCGCUCUCGCCUUUCCCCCAGGCGCGCAAUCAAACCAGGUCCUACCGAAUAUACGCUCUCGUAUGCCGAAUCCCGCACCUUACGCCCACCGACGAUCUUCAUUCGCAUUCACGUUCAUUUCAGCACUUAUACCUAUAACCAUUUCAGUCCAGUGCCGGUGCCGCCCAGCCGGUGCCGCCCAGCCGGUGCAGUGACUUAGGGUAUCGCCCCCAUCGCGAGUCGCCAUGUUCUGGAGAUUUGGCGGUUACGCCAACAUCUCAACUAUCGAUACCAUUCUUGAUAAGCCCGACUUUCAGCUCGAAGAUCUCCUUGACGAGAGUGAUCUGAUCCAGGAGCUGAAACAGCAUAACACCAAACUCAUCGAGUACUUGCGCGAACCCAAGGUCCUCGAGAGGCUACUUGAAUAUGUCGUCACUCCAAAACUUGAACCAGUAGAAACUCCCGAAGACGACACCAACGACGAUGACAAGAAAGGAAGAUCAAGGGGUCUGUCCUUUGGCCGUCCCCGUGCCUCGUCGAGGGCAACUAGCGAUGGCGCAGAUGAAGACGAAGUCGAGAAGAAGCGGAACAGAUAUGCCUAUGUUGCAGCCGAGGUCCUUUCCUCCGAUAACUGGUCUAUCUACGAGGCCCUGAUGGAGAGCCAUCGUCUUUUGUGCAACUUCUGGAAUUUCCUGAAGCUCCCGUCUCCUCUGGAUCCACUGCAGGCCAGCUACUUCACCAAAGUAAACGAGGCUCUAUUCGACAAGAAGACGGACGAGAUGAUAGCUUUAUUGAAAUCUCUCGAUGACGCCAUCCCCGACAUGCUACGGCACGUCGACUGCCCGAUGAUUAUGGAUCUCCUUCUCAAGAUUAUCAGUCUCGAAAGAACCGAGAAUGGACAGGGUAUAGUUGAGUGGCUCUAUACGAAAGACGUCAUGCCGACGUUGCUUUCGUUUCUUGGACCGGAACAUAACUAUGCCACGCAGACGUCUGCUGGCGAUUUCAUCAAAGCCAUUAUCACUGUCUCUGCUAAUGCCUCGCAGAACGAGCAGGCUUGUAUCGGCCCGAACGAACUCACGCGUCAGUUAGUAUCUAAGCCUUGCAUUCAGACGCUUAUUGGGUAUAUGCUCGGUGGCGGGAACGCCCUGACCGUUGGCGUGGGAAUCGUCAUCGAAGUUAUUCGAAAGAACAACUCCGAUUAUGACCCGGACGUUGGAUCCGACUCGAACGCUUUGCCGUCUAGUCGCGACCCUAUUUAUCUCGGUACCCUGCUUCGGUUUUUCGCCAACCAUGUUCCCGAUUUUAUGUCAUUAAUUCUCAAUGCCCCGGCCCAGAAAAACCGAUUGGAGUCGACGUUUGGUGAGAAGAUCGAACCCCUCGGCUUUGACCGUUUUAAGACUUGUGAGCUCAUGGCCGAGCUACUUCACUGCAGCAACAUGGCACUGCUAAACGAAGUUGGCUCCGAGCAAGUUAUUGCUUUGAGGGACGAAGAGCGGCAGCGACUACGAGCCCAAGGCCGACUUGCUGCGAACCGCGGCGAAGAGGUGCAAUCAUCAGAGGACCUAACUAUGCGUAUGCGACAUUCGUCGCCGGAUGAUGGCCGCCGCCUCGAGGUUACAAAUGCUUCCGAUGAUGAUGGGUUCGAGGAAGUUGCUCCUGUGGGCGAGAUGACUGAGGAUACGUCCCAUGAAUUUGUGAAGGCCGAGGAUGAGAUUGCUAGUGGGCCGACCGCGUCUUUCCUAGACAGAGAGGACGAUGAUUUUGUGGAAGAGCCUCUCAGUUCUCCAAGAUUAAUUGUUCACGACGGCAAAGUCGAGGAGCAACAAUUUGAAAACCCCGAGCUCGUUGUCGCGCCUCUCUCACCAAAGAAACCGGCGGCUUUACAGCAACCGACACGAGAGGACGAUAGCCAGGCGGGUAGCUCCGAGCCAAAACCACCGCAGUUGGCCACUGAACUACACCAAACAGAGGAAGCCAGCGAUAAGUCACCGGGUGACAGGCACCCUGUAUCGACUAAUGUUGAAGUUACGCAACCGCAGUUCACAUCUGAAGAAUCAUCUGCAGGUCCCAGCGAGAUACCAGGAAGCUCUACCAGCCUAAUAGCCCAGUCAGCAGAGGCCAUUCCUCCACUCCCCGCUGGGGCAUCUACUGCGAUCGACACCUCCAUGGCGGACGAGCUGAGUGCGGUUUCCGACGAACUGUCGCAACUCAAGCUUGAAAAUGCGGGUAUUGCGUCAGGCGAAAUACCCAUUGCAGCUGAAGGUCAACGGGAGUCGGGUCCGCCUGGGCCUGUGGAACGUCUCGACCCGGUUGUUGGCGACUUCCUCAAGAUGCAAUUUGUGGAAUAUCAGGUGGUGCCGACGAUAUUGUCGUUCUUUUUCAUGUAUCCUUGGAACAACUUCCUUCACAAUGUCGUUUACGAUAUCGUCCAACAAGUAUUUAAUGGCCCCAUGGAUCGUGGCUACAAUCCUACUCUAGCUAUCUCAUUAUUCGAAGCCGCCGACAUUACAAACGCCAUCAUUAACGGCCAGGCAUCUAGCGAACAGUCACAAGCCCGUAACAAGACUCGCAUGGGUUAUAUGGGCCACCUCACGCUUAUUGCCGAAGAGGUCGUCAAAUUUACAGAACGAAAUCCGCCGGAGCUUCUGUCGGAGCUCGUAUUGGAUCGUGUCAUGAGCCAAGAUUGGAUCAAUUACGUUGAAGGUGCUCUAGCGGAAACACGAGAGAGGGAUAAUGCCAUCCUCGGUGGCGUCAGGCCGGAGGUUGCGCUGAACAACAGAGCGCAGAUGGCUGGCAACGGUCUUGGCGGCAUGGGCCUGUCAAGUCUUGGGCUUGGUGGCGCCCAAGGCGGAGGUUCGAGCGCGCUUGCUGAGGCAGGAUUGAAUGGUGGUGGUGGUGGCAGCAUGGAGAUACAAGACAAUGGUAGUGGAAGCAGCCUUGGUCCCUUCAGCAUAAGCUCCGGUCUGCUGUCGGGGUCUGGCUUCGGCAGUUCUAGCGACGAAGAGGAGGAUGACGCGGAGGACAACGAAGAGGAUGUUAAUAGCGAGUUUCGCGCCUACACCGAUCCACUGAAUACGUCUUCGUCUUCAAUGGACCCUCCCUCUGUUCCGCCGCCGCCACCUCCGCCUCCGCCAUUGAAUAUUCCCCCGUCACGUGCACGCCUACAACUUGCCGCAAGAUUGAAGAUGCAUCAGAAAAAUGCGGCUGCUGCCUCGACGCAGUCUGGCGAGGCAGGGGAUGACGAAGAAUCCGAUGAGCCUAGGUCUAGCAGAGAUGGUGAAAGCAUUCUGCGCAAUCCCUUCGAGGACGACGGAGAGGAUGAUGUCGAUGACGAAAGUGACGACGGCUUAGGGGAAGACGACGGCAACAGAGAUGCUUGGGGUGCCGGGCCAUCCAGAGGUAGCUGGUGGCGGGGCGCCUUGCGAAGGGGCAGGGAAAGAUUUGGUGACGGGAGAGACGACUCCGACUCCGAUAAGGACGAGGCGGCUGAAGGCGACGAAGAUGAUGAAGAGUUUGGUGAUUUUGCAAUGCCCGAAGUAGAUAAAGACGGAAACAACGAGAAGGGUGGAGUCAUCGUAAAGCCUCUCCCAGUCCACCCACCGUCACAGAAUCAGAAAAGCUCGGCCUUCACCAGCCUCUGGCCCUUCGGGUCGAAAGAAAAAGAUAAACAGAAGAUUAAAGAGGACGAAACGCCGGAAAAGAUUGAAGAGGCGGAUGAGAUUACGGGGGACGAUGGCGAAAAGAUCAAGAGCACUCACGAGGCAGCUCGAAGGACCAGCAUUGAGGACCCCGACGAUGAGGAAGUGGUCGUUUAGGAGCCGGUGUCCGAAACGAACGGGGUUCUGUGUGACGACUUUGUCAAUGUUUUUCAAGGCUUAGACGGAUGAUACCCGACAAUCAAUCAUGUUCAGGCCACUGUCCAUAGCCUCCCCCAGCUGAAGGAUUGAUGGGAAAUGGUAAUGGGCAUCGUCGGACGCGUUUGUAUUAUACAUGUGGUUUUAGAGAUGGUUACUUGCAUGUUUUACGAUUUCCCAACCUGUACAGUACUUCUGGAAUGGUAAGAGAUUCCUAGUCACGCCUUGAUAAAAGUAAAGGCGACUCGUAUCGCUUCGGGAAUCUGAUUUAUAGUCUACCGUAAUGCUGGCAUGGGUACGGAGCCAUGACAAUAGAAUAGUACGCAUUUUGAAAGACGGCAAAUUUUUAUUUUUUUUACAUCCUGGUAAGGAUCCACUAAGAUAUAUGGCGAAGACAUCGUUUACUCAUUUCGAGCAUUUUGUUAGUUUAAGAGGACCAAUGCUCCACUGGUAUUAACUGUGAUACAAAACUUCUAUUAAGACGGAGCGAAUUGCGAACCGUGUUUUUGUAUGAAAACUCUAAGUUAGUCAAAUUAGGGAAGCAUUGUCAUCUG